AUGGAUGUUAACAUUGAUGUGGAUGACGACUUAAAAAUGGAUGCUGAUAUGGGUGUUAAUGUGGCUGAUGAUGUGGAGCUAGUCGAGGAUAUUGAUGUGUAUGUUUACGUGAUUUAUAAGGUAAAAGUUGAUGAGGAUGUUAUAGUGGAACUUGAAGUGGAUGAUGAUGUGGAUGUUUAUGUGGAUAUGGAUGUAGGUGGUGAUUGA